AUGGACGGGGACGCGCCCGCCUCCGCCGUGCUCAAGAAGAGCCACAGCGUGCCCGACGCGGAGGCAGCAGCCAGGGGCGGAGGCGGCGCCGGAAGCAAGGACGACGGCGGCGGCGGCGGCGGCUGCUGCUCGUGUUGCUGCUGUUGCUGCUGCUGCAAACCACGAGCAGGCGCCGAGGCGAGCAGCGACGGCAGCGCGGGCUGGUGGCGGCCCACCAUGCUGCUGCUCCUGCUGGUGCUGCUGCUCGUCGUCUUCGUCCUCAUUUCGGGCAUCCUGCUCUACUACAACUAUAUCACCUACAGACCCAGACUACCACUGACAGAUGAUUUCAGCUACGAUAUACCUCCAAUUCCUACAGAAGAGCCAUGCGAGGAGGCGCCUUGCUGGUGGGGCGCGGAGUGUGAGUCGGUGGAGGGCCGCCCGCUGUGCCGGUGCCCCGAAGACUGCCCGCCACCGCCCCCCGACGCCGCCCCCGACGCCGCCCCCGAAGCCGCCGUCUGCGGCAGCGAUGGCGCCACGUACGCCAGCGAGUGCCACCUGCGCGCCAAGGCGUGCGCCAACCGCGACGAGACGCGCGUCAGCCACCCCGGCCCUUGCGGCACGUCGACGGAGGCGACGGGCCCGCCGGACCCCUGCUCGUCGCUGUCGUGCGGCGAAGGCGAGGAGUGCGUGGUGUCCGGGGAGGGCGUGGCGUCGUGCCGCUGCCGCGAGAGCACGUGCUCGCCCGAGCUGGCGCCCGUCUGCGCCUCGGACGGCAAGACGUACUCCAACGAGUGCGCGCUGCGGCGCGAGGCCUGCCGCACGCACCGCGCCGUGCGCCUGCUGCACCACGGCGCCUGCAACCUCGACGUGUGCGACGGCUGGGAGUGCAGCCACUACGCCAUCUGCGAGAGCGACGGGCGCGGCGGCGCGCACUGCGCAUGCGUCGAGGAGUGCGCCGACACGGAGAGUCCAGUGUGCGGCUCGGAUGGCGUCACCUACAAGAACAUCUGUGAGUUGCAGAAGUACUCAUGCCUGGAAGAGACGGCAAUCUCCAUUGUGAAGGAACAGCCUUGUGAUGACUGCGAGGGCGACCUGUGCUCCGCGCAGUGUGAGCAGGCGUGCCCCCUGCCCGGCCCAGAGGACGCGGUGUGCUGGUCCGGGCGUACCUACCCCAGCGCCUGCCACGCGCGCCGCGACGCCUGCCUCGCGGGCGUCGACGUCAGCGCCGUCACCGCCGGCGCCUGUCCUGACACCAGCAGCAGUGCAGGCCUCCAAGCUACUACGACCGGGGGCACGGUGUCGCCUUCGGAGGAGGGCGAGUGGCCGUACCCGGAGGCGACGUGCGAGGAGACGACGUGCGAGCUGGGCGCGACGUGCGAGCAGCCGGCGGGCGGCGGGCCCGCGGUGUGCGCCUGCCGCUUCGACUGCGCCGCGGCGCCGCGCGACGGCCCGCUCUGCGCCUCCGACCUGCGCGUCUACCCCUCGACGUGCGCGCUGCGCGCCGAGGCGUGCCACGCGCGCCGCGAGCUGCGCCUGCGGCCCAUGGAACUCUGCCAAGGGCUGAAGGUGCGGCCGUGCGGCGGGGAACCCCCGCUGGUGCACCCCGGCACGGGCCGGCAGUACGACUGCGGCAGCGGGCCCGCGCGCCAGGACUGCCCCGCCGGCAGCUACUGCCACCAGACAGCGCAGUUCGCCCGCUGCUGCAUCAAGACCGACAAGGCCUUGUCCGAGAUCGCGCCCUCGUGCGAAACGUCUACGUACGGAUGCUGCCCAGACGGGAAGACGCCGGCUGGUGGCCCUGCUUACGCCGAAUGUCCGUCUUUCUGCGGCUGUAACAAACUCGGCGCACUUUCUGACUCCUGCGACCCACUAACCAAGCAGUGCAUCUGCAAACCAGGCGUUGGAGGCCUGAAGUGCGAUCGCUGUGAAUCGGGCUACUGGGGCCUUCCAAAGAUAACGGAAGGCUACAACGGAUGUACCCCAUGUGAUUGCUCUGUCUAUGGCUCUGUAAGAGAAGACUGUGAACAAAUGACGGGUCGUUGCAUGUGUAAAGCUGGUGUGCAAGGACAGAAGUGUACCAUCUGCACCGGACUUAAUAUGAUUCUCAGCCCCUCAGGCUGUACUGAAGCAGAUGACGUGAUGGACAACUUUGAGAAUUUGAAGUCAGGAAAACGAGCUGUAAUGGACAUAUUGCAGAUGAUAAGGGGACAAGCCUGAAUUCCAUGUAUUCCAUUUAGAGAAAUAUAAUUAAAAAGUCAACACUUCUGGAGUAGUGAAAGGAAUUCAAGCAAAGAAAGUAACUGUACAGUGAGACAUCUUGUCCCUUCAUCUACCAGAGAUGGACAUUUUUAAACUGGCAAAUAUUCUACAAAUGAUGUGCAACUUUUCUCUACUUUGUGCAGGAGAUGCUGGUUGCAAAGACAGAAUUUAAUUGGACAGCAACUGGGAAACUUGCAGUGCAGUUUAGAAGUUUUUGGUGAAUCAGUUGUUGGGACAGAGUGAGAGUCUGCCUGAUUACUGUGAUACAUUAUAAUUUCACAAUCCUUCCUAACAAUGAAAUGUUUUUUGUUAUUAUGUAUUUUUGCAACAAAUGAUAUAAUAAUAAAAAUAUAAUCACUAUUA